CACUUGAACUACGAUUAAGGGGCUAGUUCAAGCGAUCCAUAAGCGUCUAUUGCCACCCUUCAAGUUUGACCACAACUUCAACUAUAGACGAGGGUUUUCAAAGUAGUAGAUCAUAAUGUAUCGGUAAAAUAUUAAACGCUUGAAAUGACUUGUUACCGAGUAUACUACUCGUACGGUCGUACCUUUAUAUAGAACAAACUCUAUGAUUUAUAUACGGUUCUGUCCAAAAAAUAUGAAGUAAUAUUUUGGAUUAUUCCGAAAAUAAUGUCUUUUGAAGUGUCAUCAAUUGUAUACGAAGUAUUACAAUAUAAUUUGAUCUAUAACAAGAGCGAAAAAAAAAAAAAAAAAAAAAUAAAAAAAUAAUAAUAAUAAUAAAAAAACUACAAAAUAUCAAAAAAAUAUCUUCCAAAAAAAAAAUUAAAAAAAAAAUCCAUAUGUUUACCUCAUUUUUCCAAAAAAAAAAAACCAAAAAAUAGCAGACGAAACAGCAAGCCAGUGACAGCAAAAUCUGGUCGUUUUCUUCUGCAGCUGGUGUGAAACAAUUUCCAAUGUCGAAUUCUCCAAUUGUCGAACUUGUUUCAGAAUGGUUCAUCAAGCCAAAACUCGACGACAAUGAUUCGAAACAGCCUCACUAUUUGUCACCUGGUGAUCUAGCCAUGCUCUCAGCUCACUACAUUCAGAAGGGUCUUCUUUACAUGAAACCUUCAGCAACUGAUCAACAUUUCAGCAUUGCAGAUUUCCUGGAAAAGAUCAGGGAUUCUCUUACUCGUACUCUUGCUCAUUUCUAUCUGUUGACAGGCCAACUUUCGACACUGAUAGAUGAAGAUCAGCAUACUAGCUUGAUCUUUAUUGACUGCAACAAGGGUCCUGGAGCUAGAUUUAUCCAUGCUACUCUUGAUAUGACUCUUCAGGAUAUUCUGUCUCCUAUCGACGUGCCUGUGAUUGUGAAAUCGUUGUUUGAUCACCAUAAAGCUGUCAAUUACGAUGGCCAUACAAGGCCUUUGUUAUCUGUUCAGGUAACAGAGCUUGUAGAUGGGAUUUUCAUCUGUUGUUCAUUGAAUCAUGCAGUAGCUGAUGGAACUGCUUACUGGAAUUUCUGGAACAUAUGGUCAGAGAUACAUAUGCAACACAGUCCUAUUUCGAUGUCAAAGCUUCCUGUACAUGAACGUUGGUUUCCUGAAGGAUACGGUCCACGAGUCACCCUUCCCUUUAUCCAUACUGAUGAAUUCAUAAGCAGAUAUGAGGCACCUCAACUAAGAGAAAAAAUCUUCCAUUUCUCGUCAGAGUCGAUAUCAAAGCUCAAGAUGAAGGCAAACAUAGAGGUUGGAGAGACUAAUAAGGAGAUCUCGUCAUUGCAAGCAUUGUCUGCGCUAGUCUGGAGGUCUAUUACCAGGGCACGCUGUUUAGCAGGUGAUCAGAAGACUACCUGCUCCUUGGAUGCUAACCUGAGGCAGAGGUUAAACCCUCAACUACCUCAAGGUUAUUUUGGGAAUUCAAUUUGGGUGGCUAAAGCUGCUGCCACAGCUGAUGAAGUCCUUGACCAUAGCUUAGGAUGGACAGCAGAACUGCUGCAGAAGUCAGUGUUAGAGCUGACUGAUAAAACAGUGCGAAGUGUAUUUGAGGCUUGGAUGAAGUCGCCUUUUGUUUAUCAGAUUGAUGCGUUCUUUGAGCCAAACAGCACAGUGAUUGGAAGCUCCCCAAGAUUUGAUGUGUACGGGAAUGAUUUUGGAAUCGGUAAACCGGUGGCUGUUCGCAGUGGGUAUGCAAACAAGUUUCCUGGAAAAGUCACUGCAUAUCCAGGAAGUGAAGGAGGACAAAGCAUAGAUUUGGAGAUAUGCCUACCACCUGAUGCAAUGAAUGCUCUUGAAGUAGAUAAUGACUUCAUAUCUCUUGCUGUCAUGGGCUAGUAUACAUUUAGCUGAUUAUUAUCUUAAAAUUCAGUUUAGGUCAUCCGAUUAGCUCUAGCUUCUAUGCUUCAUUCUCCUCCACUUUCCGGAUAUGCUAAAGUGUAAUAAAAGAUACGAUUCAUGUAUUGUAUUCAAAAAAAACAUAUGUUUGGGGAGGAAGGAUAAGAGGAAAAAUUGUUAGAUUCAAGAAAA